GGACAGAAGAUCCCCCCGGAACUCUGCAGCCGCAUCGGCUGUGACCAUUUCAAAACUGGGGUUCGGUCCAAUAUGGCGGCUUACGGAUGGAAAUACUGAUGACAGUCCGAAAGAUCGCCUCGAUUUGUACGAUGGGCGCCAAUGCCUCUGCCUUGGAGAAGGAGAUUGGACCAGAACAGUUUCCCGUAAAUGAGCACUACUUUGGAUUGGUCAAUUUUGGCAAUACCUGCUACUGCAACUCAGUGCUGCAGGCUCUGUACUUCUGUCGGCCAUUCAGAGAGAAGGUGCUGGCAUACAAGGUGCAACCUCGUCGUAAAGAGUCCCUGCUCACCUGUCUGGCUGACUUGUUCAACAGCAUUGCUACGCAGAAAAAGAAAGUGGGAGUCAUUCCCCCUAAGAAGUUCAUCUCACGGCUGAGAAAAGAAAAUGAGCUGUUCGACAACUACAUGCAGCAGGAUGCCCACGAAUUCCUCAACUACCUCCUCAACACCAUCGCCGACCUUCUGCAGGAGGAGAAGAGCCAAGAGCGGCAGCAGAAUGGGAAGCUGGUGCAGAAUGGAGGUGGAGUGGGAGGGGGAGGGAUUGGGACCGGGACUGGAGGAGGAGGAGAGGCAGGAGGAGACGGGGAGGGAGGAAAGGAGACACAGCAGACUUGGGUCCAUGAGAUCUUCCAAGGCACGCUGACCAAUGAGACGCGCUGCCUCAAUUGUGAAGCCGUAAGCAGUAAAGACGAGGACUUCCUGGAUCUGUCUGUGGAUGUGGAGCAGAAUACCUCCAUCACACACUGUCUCAGAGGCUUCAGCAACACAGAGACAUUAUGUAGUGAAUACAAGUACUACUGUGAGCAGUGCCGCAGCAAACAGGAAGCCCAGAAAAGGAUGAGGGUAAAGAAGCUGCCCAUGAUCCUGGCACUCCACCUGAAGCGUUUUAAAUAUAUGGACCAGUUGCAUCGUUAUACCAAGUUGUCCUACCGUGUGGUCUUCCCCCUGGAGCUCCGCCUCUUCAACACGUCAGGGGAUGCCACCAACCCAGACCGCAUGUAUGACCUGGUGGCUGUCGUCGUACACUGUGGAAGCGGCCCUAACCGAGGUCACUACAUCACCAUAGUGAAGAGUCACGGAUUCUGGCUGCUGUUUGAUGAUGACAUUGUGGAGAAAAUUGAUGCGCAGGCGAUCGAGGAGUUCUAUGGACUAACAUCGGACAUUUCCAAGAAUUCUGAGUCGGGAUACAUCCUGUUUUACCAGUCCAGAGACUGAAAAAAUUCAGCCAACAGGAGAGCUCGGAUGGAUCGUCAUUCAGCAAAGGGGCAGGGGCUUGAAGCUGCCACAGGCACUGCCCAACACGCCCACACCAAGAAAUCAGGCUUUGUUUCCUUUUGGCGGAGCUUUGCACUGGAGCGCCAUUUGGAUUAAUUGGACCAUGAGCUGGAAGCAUGCCAGCCCAAGGGAUCGCUAUCAUUUCAUCUUCUCUGCCCAUCCCACAUUGCAGCAAGCACUCAAACUUCUGAUUUUAAGGCAAGGUGACCGAAUCCAUAAUAAAUGGCGGCCCCGUGCACUAUGGCAUUGGCCGGAAAGAGUGAAUGAGGUCAGCUCAAAAGGCUGACAUGAUGUACAUGCCACCAUUUUUUUCUUUUUCCCGAGGAAAAAGUGGUUUGGGAUUGUCAAGGCAGAAGCAGCGGAGAGCAGAGCAAGUGAUAGACAGUUUUUUGUUUUGGACAGCACACUGGAGCAGUUGUUGCCGAAGAUGCACAGCUACAGAGAAUCAUGAAACCUCCUUCAUCAUCACAGUCCUCUUCAGCUUAUUUUAUUUGGUGUAUAUUAUACCAUGCUAAAUUAGCUCUCUGUAACCACCAAAAGGGUUUCCCUAGCUUUACGCUAAUGCAGUGGCACCGUGUGCUCACCUUUGUACACAACUCGAAAAGCCAAAGUCCUUUAAUUUCUUGGAAGCGGAGAACUGUCGGCUGAAAUCGUCCACAGCUUUCGUCACUUUUCAGCAUUGGAAAAGUGGGUUACUGUUGAACUUACGGGCAAUAUUUGUUAGCAUUACCGCAAGACCCACCUGUCGCAUCAAGAACCUUUCGCCCUACAGCUAGUGAACAUCUGGCUCACAGUGGUCAUCAUGGAGAGUAGCGCCAGCUAUGGUGUUGCAAAAAGGGUGGAUACAAAUCCCAUAUAUCUUUGUGGACCACUUUGACAUGGGGCAAGCACCAUAAUGUGUGAAGUUCAGGGUGAGAAAUAUAUGUCAGUCACUAGUCCAGUAGUGAUGAAGUUUGGCUGAUACAUAUGUCUUCUCUACUUAAUGCUUUGCCUGUUAACUAAUUUGUUUAAUAACCAGGACAGGAAACUAACUUUUUUGUCCAACAGCCAUUUUUACAUUUUUUUUGAGAGUUGUGUUAUGGGGUAGGGUGCUGUACACUGUGGAGAAGCUAGAAAAUGGGUAAAGAAGACAGUAAUCAAUCAUUUACGAAUGUUCCACAGGACAAGAUAACUCAGUAUUUUGCUCAUGAAGUUAUUCGUGGUUUGGGCAGUAAGCACUGCCCCCUUUGCAGUUUGCUUUGGACAGUUUGUGAUGUUUGAGCACUUUUUUUUCUUUCUUUUCUUUUUUUCUUUUUUAAUGUCAGGAGGCUGCACAUUAGUAGAAUCUUGGAAAGGGACAUAGAAAAACACACUUGCUUUUGGUUUCCCGUUUAGUCACUUAUUACACCCCAAACUGUCACACUACACACACACACACACACACACACCAUCCGGAUGUCAGUGUUGUGUGUACUGUGUCUUUGCAUUCCUCACAGAUGUGUGAUUUCCAGAUGUCACAUUGUAACUGGCCCUCAGUGCUCCGCUUGGCAGAAAGAGACGAACGCUAGCCACCCACCAAGCGCUGGUACAUUUUGGCUACAGCCGGCAGGUCAGUUUGCCAUACACUCCACUAGCAGUCAGACAGACAGCUAAACCGUUUUCAAUAACCAAACGUAAUUUUUGAUGCUAACAUAUGUAAAGGCGUUAAUAAACAAAACUCGAACCCACAGUAAUAGAUACUAAAGGUGUGUCAGUGCAGUAUCUCUGCUCAAUGACCAACGCUAAUAAUACUAGCUAUGGUAUGCUACAUUUAGAUUUAGCUUGUGAGCUACAUAUUGAAUGCAGUGAAGACGUCUCCCUCCUGCUGUUCUCUGAGGCGUAUAAUGGCCUCUGUUCCCCACUUACAUCAUUUUACACCAGUGUUAUAUUCGACCACAGGUGAGAAAGGGCUUCAGUCCCGGGGGUAAACUAACUAAUGCUGUGGCUCGAGGUGUCCUGUUUUAUCAGUUAAAAAAGGAUGCUCUUGAAUUAGAAGCGUUAAAAGGACAAGCCAUCGGAUAUUAAUACCAUUCUUAUGAAUAAUGCAGUUUACCUGUGGUCAGCAGUAUCGCCAACAUCUCCCCUGCAUCAAUAACAUUCCCAUUUGGGAAUCUUUUCUGAAAAGUAAUAUCUCAAAACUCUUUCAGAACCACCUUUAAAGGAAAUACAUACAUUCGUGUGUGUGUGCAUGCGCAUUUGUGUGUGCGUGUGUGAGAGAGCUCUUUCAAAUCCCAAGGUAGCUUUGCAUUGCAGAACAAAAUGUAAAUCAUUUUUAAAAAUUAACCGAAUUGUGUUCCUGAGGCAAAAAGGUUUGCAAGCCAUUUAUUUCACUUUGGGGUGUGCAACAAGUUGCUGUCAUCUUGAUGUAGUAUCUAACAAGUCAGAGCCUGACAGUAGAAACAACUAUUUUGACCUCCAUUUUCUUCUUUUAACGCACAAACCAACCAAAUGUAGGUUUUGUUUUUUUUGCUAGGUUUUAUUUGUGUGUGUGUGUGUGUGGGGGGGGGGGGGUAUUCGUUAUUUCUAAGCAAGUGCUACACUGCCAAUUCAGGCAACCUCACACCUGGGUGGGCUCACUUUGCUGCAGGGAGUAGUCUGGUUUCGUGGAGUAUUAUUUGUGCAAGACUCUAUCAAUAAUCUGAAGGCUAAAGCUCCACCCAGCUGGACGAUCCCGGGUUCGCAGGCGAGUUACACACCCUCUCACUCCUUGUAAACAGAGGUAGAUGGAAAUUGAAUGGAAACACGUGCUCUGUUGCCUCUGAGUUGUGUAUAUUCUAAAGAGGAUGAGUGGCCCCGGGCAGUGGGUCAGGUAUUAUUUGAAUGUAAGUCAAUUUGCCAUUGAAAUCGCACAGUAAAAACUCAAAAUAGGGCUGCUAUUUCAACCUGUCAUGCACCAGAACAGACUCCUGGAGCUGGGUGCAUUUCAAUAUACUUUCUCUUGCCCCUUUCUUGUCCACUCACAGUAAGCUUUCCCAAAUUUAUAUUUUUGCAACAAAAAUAAAAAAAUACUUCGUUUCCCUUUCAAUUUCUCCUCGACAUCCAUUAAAGGGAAAGAAUCACAGUUUUCUCCAUUUUCUCUAUAGAUGUGCUGUACGGGUAACUCUGUCAGCAGUGAUAAUACUGGGCAGUCUUUCUGUGCAUUUACCAACGUUGUCCGCCACCGGCGGAGUGUGAAAACCUACUUCCUGGUUUGCUGAGAGCCUUCAUUGUACAAGAAAAUGCAAAUAUUAAUGCUACAUACAGUUAUACUAGAAUUUGCAGAUAACAACGCUACACUAUACAACUUAAUGUUGUGUUGUUAUUCACAUUUUUUUAUACAGUGCAGCCUAUUGGUAAACCAGGAAGUAAGUUUUCCUACUCAUGGAUUGUCCGCUAGUGACGUCAGCGGCAUGUCAGAGACACAGAAACGGGUCUGUGGUGGGCAUCCAGGUAGCGUGGUGGUCUAUUCCGUUGCCUACCAACACAGGGAUCGCCGGUUUGAAUCCCGUGUUACCUCCGGCUUGGUUGGGCGUCCCUACAGACACAAUUGGCCGUGUCUGUGGGUGGGAAGCCGGAUGUAGGUAUGAUUCCUGGUUGCUGCACUAGCACCUCCUGUUCAGGUGGGAGGGGGAACUUGGGGGGAAUAGCGUGAUCCUCUUAUGCGCUACGUCCCCCUGGUGAAACUCCGCGCUGUCAGGUGAAAAGAAGCAGCUGGCGACUCCACAUGUAUCGGAGGAGGCAUGUGGUAGUCUGCAGUCCUCCCCAGAUCGGCAGAGGGGGUGGAGCAGCGACCGGGACAGCUCAGAAGAGUGGGGUAAUUGGCUGGAUACAAUUGGGGAGAAAAUUGGGAGGGAAUCCCCCCCCAAAAAAAACCCCAAAACCAACAGCUCAGUGUUAUGGCUGCUAAUGUAGUGUUUUCCCCACAACAUGCAUACAGAGAGAGAUAAUAUUGAAAAUCGUGAGUCUUUCCCUUUAAUGAGUAUCUAGGUCAAGGUUGCCUGAGAAGAAUGUAAGUAAAUCCACCUCUACGCAAGUUCGCGCUCUGAAUAUCCCCGUUCAUUUGGGCCGUACUGCUAGUCGAGUUUCAGAAGGGAAGAACACUAGUUCAUUUCAAGCAGGAAAGCGUAAAGUCUCACGAGAGCAGUGUGAGGACUAAGACAUAAAGGGAGGGGACCAGACUAGUCGUUUGUCGAGACGCAGCUCAUCCAUGAGGUGGUGUGGACUACCACAGGCUGCUCCCCGGGUCUCAAUCGUAACUGAUAAUAAUCCGGGGAAGACAUUUCCAGGGACUUGCCCGGUUCUAGGUUCAGUGCAGCUCGUCUCGUGGGAGCUGCUCGAUUCUGGUAUUCUUAAAAUCAUUAUUUAUUAGACACGGUGUUGGCAAGUAAUUUGAAAUGUGGACUGUGUGAAGCCAUCUGAAGCAAAUCUGCAAAUCUGCAGAGUCAAACAUUUCCAAAAAAACGUCUCUUUCAUAUGUACAAAACAUAUUUUACCCUUUUGUUUGUUUUUGUUUUUCUUUUUUUGCUGUUUUUCUUUUUCUUUUUUUUCAACAAAUUUUAUAUUAGAUAAAAAUUAUAUAUUCAGUUUGGCUCUGGUGAUGUUUCUGAUUAGUUUUUUUUCUUAUUGGGCUUAGUUUGUUGACAAAAGUAAAAAUUCAGAAAGCGUCACACAGAGACUGGUUUAACUUAUGGCUGCAACAAUUGGGAACCGAUGUUGAAGCUAGGCCUGUUUUUUUUUAAUAUUUAAAUAUAUUAUUCCUAUUCUUAUGAAUGUUUAUGUUAACCUCCUUUCCUUGAUAUUUAACUUUUUUGAUAUAUUUUACUAAUUUUACUAGUCUACCAUUCUCGUGUAGACAGCUUACAGAAUCUGGGGGGGGGUGCGGGGUGUUUUGAUUUAUUUUUGAGGGUUAUGAGAUGAAAGAUAUUGAUGUGUAAAUAAAUACAGAUGUUAAUAUUUGAAGACAAUUAACUGCUUGCUCGAAAUAUUCAGCAGACCUGGAUUAAAAAAAAAAAACAACUAGUGGAAAUAGUUUGAAAUUCAUUAUUUUCCCGGGAUGGGUUUUCCACCAGUUAGGAGCUGAAAUGACAAAUCCUACCAAGCAAGUGUUUCAACGGGGCUGAUCACAUGAAGUUACACUUCCUAUGAAGAGAGACCGACAGAGUCUCUAAAAUAAGUCAGAGACCUGCACUCUUAGUUGAACGUGAAUGUACAAAUGUACAAAUCUCCCCAUUUGAAAUGAUGCAUAAGAGUUGUAAUUUUGCACUGUGGGCUAAAGAACUGUGAUUAAAAAGUUU